GAGGUCAAAGGGCGACGAAAAGUCAGAAACGUUUUCUUUGCCGAUCUGAGAAUGUCUUCGGACGGACCAGCAGUGACUUCAGGUGCAGAAGAGGAGCAGACGGAUGGGGGGACUCACCUGGCACCCAGCAGCCCCUCUGACUCACCUGGACCAGAGGCAGGAAGCCCAGCAGACACCCAGGAAGCCUCAGGAGAAUGCGACGAGGACGGAGUCAAAGUCUGCCAGUUCUUCCUGAUGGGAAAGUGUCGCUUCGGACAGAAAUGCCGUUUGUCUCACAGCGAGCCGCCGGCCAAUGAUUCAGGAGCCGCGUGCCCCGACGCCGAUGACAAACAGGAUGCAGAAAGGACGGAAAAACACAAGAAGAAGAAAGGCGGCGGUGGCAGCAAAGCAAUGAAGCCGAAGUACAGCGAGAGAAGAGAGGUGAACAAGAAGCCUCGCAUGCGGACAGCCGACGACGUCAUCUCUCGGAUCCUGUGGGACCCGUCGGUGGACGCCGGCGAGUUCGUGGUCGGCUACGUGGACCGCUUCCUCGGCGUCCUCGAGCGUCCCUUCAGCGACUUUAACUGGGACACCGACCCCUGCGACUGCGACUACGCCUCCGAGCUGGCGCUGCCCCGACACCGGAUCCAGUACUUCACCCACAGAGGCCACCGGGUCUGGGACCGGCACACCAGGACCGACCGGGUGUUUGGAUCCACCGGGCAACCUGUGGCUCCCCCCUUUGGACGGGAGGAGGAGUCAACGGGGGAAGUGAAGUCCGAGGAGCCUCCAGAGGAACCUGAGCAGCUUCCACCUGCCGUCGGAGAGCAGGACGGGAGGGAAACCGCGGAGCUGGCUCACACUGAGAACAAACAUCUGGAGGAGCAGCAGAACCAACAGGACUCCAAACAACCGGAGGAGGCUGCAGACAGACUUCAGGCUUCAGCGGAGCAGAAAGCGGAUGACGAGGAAACUCCGGCGGAAUGGGAGGAGAGCUGGGAAACCAACGGAGACGCUGAGACCUCCGUUACCCAGAAUCCUUCAGCCCCUGUGGAGCAGCGAGAGGAGAAGCGAGGUGGCCGUCCUCCGAAGAAGCGCCCGACUCACUUUGUCACGUUCCGUGCCAACACGCCGUCCAUCCUGUCCUGCUUCCAGCAGCUGCAGGAGGAGCUGAGCGCCCUGCUGCCCGGCUCGGCGCCCCACUGGGUCGGCGCCUCCAGCCUCCACGUCACCCUCUGCCUGCUGGUGCUGCGCAGCCCGGACGAGGUGGCCGCCGCCGGGGACAUCCUGCGGCGCUUCGCCCAGCUGGACCGGAACCCGCCGGUGGCCGUGACGUUCCCCCUGAAGCUGAAGCACUUCAGCGGCAGGGUGCUGUACCUGAGCCCCCAGCCACAGCUGCACCUGCAGCAGCUCAACGGCGGCCUGCAGGAGGCCUUCCGGGCCGAGGGCCUGCUGCACCGCGACUCCUACAGCCCCCGCUACCACCUCACCCUGGCCAAGGUGGACGACCCCGAGGCCGGCCGCCUGUUCGAGGGCGUCGCCGACCUGAAGGCGGGGAAGGGUCUGAACUUUGGCCGUCUGCCAGUCAACACCUUGCACCUGUGUGCGAUGGGCCGAGACAAAGUGGACGGGUUUUAUGAGACGCUGUGCACCGUCACCCUGAGAUGAUGACGGCUGCUCAACGCUGCCGAGGUUACUGCUGUUAGGACGAGGGCGGCCACGUUUGGAACGAAUGUACAACUUGUUUUGCUGCUUGAUCCAAAAAGAAAACUCUCACGGUUCUGGUUUUACACAACAAGACGUCCGUUACUCUGGUUUUAGGGAUGAUUGAAAAAUAUUCGACAAGUUUUAGAGAAACAAGGAUUUUAAUGCAAGAGACGCUUUUGUAAACGUUUUUAGAGUUUCUCUGCAUCAGCGUCAGGCUUUUUUGACGCAAAAAGAAAACGUUUCUUAUUUUCCACGACUGAUCCACACAAGACGUCUCAUUUAUUUAGAUUUUAUGGGAUUUUUCUCAACUUUAUUUAAGAGUUUGUCGACCUGCAGCUUCACAAGAGAUGCAAAAAUAAAUCCGUGGAAAUA